AUGCAGUCCGCUGCCCUCCUCGCCCUCGUGGCCGCCGUCGCCUCGGCCUCUCCCUACGCUCCCUUCCCUCGCGUGAUGACGACGGAGAGGACGACGACUUCGUCGAGGUCGACGACAACCACCGUCACCAUCUCCAUGUGCCGGCCGAACGCCAUCUACUGCCCGCUCAAGGCCGAGGCCGAGGCCACGCCGGCCGUCGCCCCCGUCGCCGCCGUCGUCGAGCCCAGCACGACGCCGGCCUCGCCAGCGCCCAAGUCCCCAGCUGUCGACAAGGCAUUCGUCGGCGAGGCUCAACCGACGCCUGCCGCCGGCGAGACGGACAACUCGAUUUCCGACGAGAUUGACUGCCCGGCGGCCGACGUCGAGGACGACGACACGCCGGCGGACAAGACGAGCGGCACAGUUUCCGACAAGGCGGACAGCAGCAUGGUUACCGGCGGCGAGACGAACAAGACACCUGUCGACGGCGAGAUGGACCAAACAACCGUCGAUGGCGAGAGGCCCAACACCGCUGUCGGCGUCGACGCGAGCAACGGGGUUGACGACGACUCGGACAGCCCCGAGGACGCCAACAGCCCCGAGGACGCCGACGGCCCCGAGGACGCCGACAGCCCCUCCUCCUCUGAUGCUCACGAUGUCGACUCCACCGGCCCGAGUGACGGCGAUUCCCGGGCCGCGGCCAAGAACUCGACCACGCCGGUGGGUCCCGCCGGCACCGGCACCGGCACCGGUUCUCGAACGGCAAACGUGCCCUCGCGCAACGGAACCUCCAAUCAGCCUCCCGUGGCUCCCACCACCGGUGCUGCCGCUCGCUUUCAAGCCCAGACGGGCGUCAUCGGUGCCGCCCUCGUCGCCGCCGCCCUCGCCUUUGCCUGCUAA